GAUCUUACUACUUAACUGUGCUCCGCCGGAGCAUUAUAUCUCCUCAGGCCCCUUCAAUAGCAGCGGAGACGAGAACGUCUAGAGGCUGCCGGCUCCGAGCGAGAAAACCAUGGCGAAGCUUCAUCUCUGCGUCGUUUUCGUUGCCGCUUUAAUCCUACUUGUUUCCGCGAAGAAAUCCGGGGAUGUAACGGAACUCCAGAUCGGUGUGAAGUACAAGCCGGAAUCAUGCAGCAUCCAAGCUCACAAAGGUGACAGAAUUAAAGUACACUAUCGUGGGACGCUCACCGAUGGAACAGUAUUUGAUUCCAGCUUUGAAAGAGGUGAUCCAAUUGAAUUCGAGCUUGGUAGUGGUCAAGUGAUUAAAGGGUGGGACCAAGGUCUUUUGGGGAUGUGCGUGGGUGAAAAACGGAAGCUAAAGAUACCUGCAAAACUUGGCUAUGGAGCUCAAGGAUCCCCUCCAACCAUCCCAGGCGGAGCAACACUCAUAUUCGACACAGAGCUUGUGGCCGUGAAUGGGAAGACAUCAGAUGACAACAAAUCCACGGAGGGCAAUAGUGAGCUAUAGUUCUGUAGGAGCUUGGCACUUGUUCUUCCAACUUAAUUUUCAUUAGCUUUCAACUUUGAGGACUGCACUCCUAAACUGGAUGGACACAACUCAAUAGACAGGAUAUAGAGAUAAAUUGUGGCACUUCGGCAUAGGACCUAAGUAGCAGCAAUCUUAUCUUUGGGAAAUGACUCUUCGUAUGGUGUGAAAGGUUCAUUCUUGACCUUAUGCAGCACUUAGGUCAUCUUCUUGUAGGAAAAUAGCUAAUUGAGUUACAAUAUUUCAGCUGGCAGACUUUAGAUAUCUGUUCUCAUAAGUUUAGUCCGAGCAUGGGCAAAUUGAUUUGAAUUCUCUCU